AUGGCUCUACAACCGAGAUUCGCUGGACUGAAGCUAUCCGCCACAGAAACGCGGCAUACGCUUGAGAUAUACCUGGAUUAUGUCUGCCCCUUCUCCGCCAAAAUCUUCAAAACGCUUUACGCCGAUGUCCUCCCCUCCCUCCCCUCAACGGCCUCCUCGCGACUCACCGUCCUCUUCCGUCCCCAAAUUCAACCAUGGCACCCGUCUUCGACCCUGGUGCAUGAAGCGGCUUUGGCAGUCCUGAAACUAGCUCCGGGGAAGUUCUGGCAGUUCAGUGCUGCGUUGUUUGAGCAUCAGACUGAGUAUUUUGACGUCAAUGUGGUCAAUGAGACGAGAAAUCAGACCUAUGAGCGCCUUGUAAAGCUAGCUAGCAAGGAGGUAGGUGUUGAUGAGGGGGCCAUGAUGGGAUUGUUGCGUGUGGGAGACAAGCCUGGGGAGAAGGGGGAACUGAACAUUGGGAACGGGGUGACGGCGGAUAUUAAAAUUAUGACGAGAGCUAACAGAACUAUUGGCGUGCAUGUUACGCCGACGGUGUUCUUUAACGGUAUUGAGGAAAAAUCUAUCAGCAGCAGCUUCACAAAGGAGCAAUGGUUGGAAUGGGUGGAGAAGAACGUGGUUUGA